AUGGGGGAGACAAGCCUGAGAAAACGGGGCGCAGACGGGAGGUCAGUGCAGAGUAAUGAACCCAAGAGCACAAAUCUCCAGAAGGAGGUGGGGCUGGUCAGCGGCAUCUGUAUCAUCGUGGGCACCAUCAUCGGCUCUGGCAUCUUCAUCUCCCCCAAGUCUGUGCUGAGCAACACGCAGGCCGUGGGGCCCUGCCUCAUCAUCUGGGCCGUCUGCGGGGUUCUCGCAACACUGGGAGCUCUGUGCUAUGCAGAGCUUGGCACGAUGAUCACCAAGUCGGGUGGCGAGUACCCAUACCUGAUGGAGGCCUACGGCCCCAUCCCCGCCUAUCUCUUUUCCUGGACCAGCCUGAUAGUCCUGAAGCCCACAUCCUUCGCCAUCAUCUGCCUCACCUUUUCUGAGUACGUCUGCACGCCCUUCUACGCCGGCUGCAAGCCCCCGGAAAUUGUCGUUAAAUGCCUGGCUGCCGCCGCCAUCCUGCUCAUCACGAUCGUGAACUCUCUGAGCGUGCGGCUGGGGAGCUACGUGCAGAAUAUCUUCACUGCAGCCAAGCUGGUGAUCGUGGCCAUCAUCAUCAUCAGUGGAUUCGUCCUCCUGGCCCAAGGAAAUACAAAGAAUUUUGAAAAUUCUUUUGAGGGCGCAGAUGUGUCUGUGGGGGCCAUCAGCCUGGCAUUCUACAACGGACUCUGGGCCUAUGACGGAUGGAAUCAACUCAAUUAUAUCACAGAAGAACUCAGAAACCCCUACAGAAACCUGCCCCUGGCGAUCGUCAUCGGGAUCCCUCUGGUGACCGUGUGCUACAUCCUCAUGAACGUGUCCUACUUCACCGUGAUGACGGCCACCGAGCUCCUGCAGUCCCAGGCUGUGGCUGUGACGUUUGGUGACCGCGUUCUCUAUCCAGCCUCUUGGGUCGUCCCACUGUUUGUGGCGUUUUCAACCAUUGGUGCUGCUAACGGGAGCUGUUUCACAGCAGGCAGACUCAUUUUCGUGGCGGGCAGGGAAGGCCACAUGCUCAAAGUGCUCUCCUACAUCAGCGUCCGGCGCCUGACCCCCGCACCCGCCAUCAUCUUCCACGCGAUCAUAGCCAUCUUUUAUAUCAUCCCUGGUGACAUCAACUCCUUAGUGAAUUAUUUCAGUUUUGCUGCGUGGUUAUUUUACGGCAUGACGAUUCUAGCCCUUGUCGUGAUGCGGUUCACGAGGAAGGAACUGAAAAGGCCGAUUAAGGUGCCCGUGGUUGUCCCCAUCCUGGUGACUCUCAUAUCUGUGUUCCUGGUCCUGGCCCCCAUCAUCAGCUCGCCCGCCUGGGAGUAUCUGUACUGUUUCUUAUUCAUUCUGAGCGGCCUCAUAUUCUACUUGCUUUUUGUCUACUACAAGUUUGGAUGGGCUCAGAAAAUAUCAAAGCCCGUCACCAUGUACCUUCAGAUGCUGAUGGAAGUCGUCCCACCAGAGGAAGACCCUGAGUAACAAGUUCUGCCUUUCGUAGCCAAGUCAAAGCUUUGAUGAAUUUAUUUUUGUAAGCAGUAUUUGUGGUUAUUUCUGAUUUUUUCUUAAGAAUAAAAAUGUAUUCAGAUGUUUA